AUGAUCAUGAUAUAUUUAAUUAUUUUGUUCAUCUCAACAAUAGUCUGCUCCUCUAAUGCAGAAGUUGUUCAGGAGGAUCAUUUAAAAAUAGUUCAAGCCGGAGAAGAUGUGAACCUCACUUGCACCUUUUCAAAGCUUCUGCAAGCGACAACAGCAUGGUUUAAACAGACAGCUGAUAGAAAAAACAUACAGAUUGUAUCUUUAUAUUUAAAACAACAACCCAGUUGGAAUGAGGACUUUGAUAAAACAAAUCGUUUUAAUGUUAUUAAAGGAGAUGAUCAUUUUAAUCUGACUAUUUUAAAGACAAAACCUUCAGACUCAGCAACAUAUUACUGUGUAGUCGCAUCAUAUUACACCGUUGAAAUGGGUGCAGGAGCCAGAUUACUUGUCAAAGAUGCAGCUGUGGACAAACACCUAACUCUUCAGCAGUCUUUAAUAGACACACUUCAUACUGGGGAUUCUGUGAGUUUACAGUGCAACAUCUUCACUGAGAGCUGUGCAGGAGAACACAGUGUCUACUGGUUCAGGCAAAGCUUGGGAGAGUCUCAAGGAGUCCUUUACACAGAAGGAGAGAGAAAUGGUCUGUGUGAGAACAGGACUGGAUCUCAAACACAGAGAUGUGUCUACAAUCUCUUCAAGAGCAACGUCAGUCACUCUGAUGCUGGGAUUUACUACUGCGCUGUGGCCGCGUGUGGAGAGAUACUGUUUGGAAAAGGAACUGAACUAAAUUUUAGAGUCUGCUCCUCUAAUGCAGAAGUUGUUCAGGAGGAUCAUUUAAAAAUAGUUCAAGCCGGAGAAGAUUUGAACCUCACUUGCACCUUUUCAAAGCUUCUGCAAGCGACAACAGCAUGGUUUAAACAGACAGCUGAUAGAAAAAACAUACAGAUUGUAUCUUUAUAUUUAAAACAACAACCCAGUUGGAAUGAGGACUUUGAUAAAACAAAUCGUUUUAAUGUUAUUAAAGGAGAUGAUCAUUUUAAUCUGACUAUUUUAAAGACAAAACUUUCAGACUCUGCAACAUAUUACUGUGUAGUCUCAUCACAUUACACCGUUGAAAUGGGUGCAGGAGCCAGAUUACUUGUCAAAGAUGCAGCUGUGGACAGACACCUAACUCUUCAGCAGUCUUCAAUAGACACACUUCAUCCUGGGGAUUCUGUGAGUUUGCAGUGCAACAUCUUCACUGAGAGCUGUGCAGGAGAACACAGUGUCUACUGGUUCAGGCAAAGCUUGGGAGAGUCUCAAGGAGUCCUUUACACUGAAGGAGAGAGAAAUGGUCAGUGCGAGAACAGGACUGGGUCUCAAACACAGAGCUGUGUCUACAAUCUCUUCAAGAGCAACAUCAGUCACUCUGAUGCUGGGAUUUACUACUGCGCUGUGGCCGCGUGUGGAGAGAUACUUUUUGGAAAAGGAACUGAACUAAAUUUUAGCGGUAAUAUGAAGAUGAAAUGCCUGAAUGAAGACACCCUGAAUUAUGCAGCCAUUAGUUUUGGUCAGAAACCUCUGAACAGUAGAAGAGCCAAAGCAAAGACCAGUCAGGACCAGUCUCUCCAAGCACCGGACCUCACUCAUCCUCCUCCUUCGCAAGAUGGCAGCAGUGGGCUGUUCGAGAAUGUCAAUAAAGGCCCUAUUCACUGCCUGGGGCAUCUGGUGGCCACAGCGUCACUUACACCGCUCAGCCUGUUGCUUAUGCUUCAGUACUGGAUUUAUGUCCAAGUCCUGAGGUGGACGUACAAGCGCCACUCACUGAGUCCAAGUAACACCAGCUUGUCACCAAACCCUCACCACGUGGGCUCAUAG